AUCUGACCUGCAUGGCCAUGGCAGAUAAGCAGCAUCUAGACUUACCAGCUGAUCGACCCUGUCUUAUUUACUACCAGGCUGUGCUGUCAGUGGGCCAGGUCUCUCUGUGAUAUCGCGAGAAAAGUCGCGAACAUAGCAACAAGACAAACCAAAAUAAAUUGUGUACAACAGUUCGGGGUGAACGAUGGCGGCGUCGCUGCUACGCCGGGACAAGAAAGCUACAGCCGCUUACUUAAAGGCAGAUCUCAAUCGGAUUGACAACAGCUCCGGGCUCCGGCAACUUCAGGAACUGCUGGAUAAUGUUCUCAAUCCGGAGAAACCGGCGGCGGACACCGAGGCCCUGGACUGGUGUAAAUAUCUCCUGGCAGGAGGUGAAGGCUUCGAGGAGUUCUGCAAAACCGUCCGCUCCUACGAUAACGCGACGCUCUGCGGCUUGGUGUGGACGGCUAAUUUUGUAGCAUAUCGCUGCCGGACCUGUGGCAUCUCGCCCUGCAUGUCACUCUGUGCCGAGUGCUUCAACAACGGCGACCACACGGGCCAUGAUUUUAACAUGUUUCGGAGUCAGGCUGGCGGGGCCUGCGACUGUGGAGACAGUAAUGUCAUGCGACAAAGUGGGUUUUGCAGAAGGCAUAGGUUAAGAACCGGGGAGAAUGUUCCCUCUGUCCCUAGAGAUCUUCUGCUCAUGUCUGAGAUGGUUCUUCCUCGUUUUAUCGUCAGCAUAAUCCAGUACCUGAGAGAGGGCUACACAGAGUCAGAAUCUGCCACAGACAGAGAUCUGCAGAAGGUCCUUCAACAACUGGAGCCUCAGAUUUCUUUCCUAGAAGACCUCACUAAAAUGGGCGGCGCCAUGCGCACAGUUCUCACUAAAAUUUUAACCAAUCAACAAACCUUUAAAGAGCUUAGCAUGGGCCAAGAGGAGAAUGUGUAUGCCAAGCGGAACUAUGAGAAAUACCUGUCGGCACUCAAGAACUCGGGGCUGGUAUCUGUGGAAGAUAAGGGGUCAACUGGGGCAGGGGCAGCAGACUCUUCAGGUUUGACUGGAACUGGAGCGCUUGGCUUGCUGGGAGCCACAGCAGCAGCCAGCCCAAAUGAGGAAAUUAAAGAGGAGGAUCAGGAUGGUGGGCAGAGUGUAGGUCAGAGAAAGAGAGUAAAGCUGAGUAGCAGUACCAAAGAUCCAUCUAUAAUGGACAUUCUAAAACAUAAAUGCUUUUUAGAGGAGUUAUUGUUUUGGACUGUUAAAUAUGAGUUUCCACAGAAGAUGGUUACUUUUUUGCUCAACAUGUUGCCAGAUCAAGACUAUAAGAUCACUUUCACUAAAACGUUUGUACAGCACUAUGCCUUUAUCAUGAAGACUCUGAUGAAGAGUCAUGAAUCAGACACGAUGUCCAACCGAAUAGUUCAUAUCAGCGUGCAGCUGUUCAGUAAUGAGGAGUUAGCACGUCACGUGACUGAGGAGUGCCAGCUACUGGACAUCAUGGUUACUGUGCUGCUUUAUAUGAUGGAGAGCUGCCUUAUUAAGAGUGAGCUGCAAGAUGAAGAGAACAAUCGGCAUGUGGUGGUGAACUGUGGCGAAGCUUUGCUGAAGAACAACACCUAUUGGCCUUUAGUUAGCGACUUUAUUAAUAUUCUCUCUCACCAAAGUGUAGCCAAGCGAUUCUUAGAGGAUCACUCACUUCUCAUGCUUUGGAUGAGCUUCGUCUCCUUUUUUCAAGGAAUGAAUCUAAACAAGAGGGAGCUGAAUGAGCACGUGGAGUUUGAAUCUCAGACAUACUACGCGGCUUUCGCUGCUGAGCUAGAGGCCUGCGCUCAGCCUAUGUGGGGGCUUCUCACACACUGCAAAGUCAAAGAAACACAGGAGUACACCAAAACAGUGGCACGCUACUGCCUGGAGACUUUGCAGAUAUGGUUUGAUGCCAUUGGGUUUGUUGAUGAGCCUGCUCCCAAUCAAAUAACGUUUCAUCUGCCAUUGCACCGCUAUUAUGCAAUGUUUCUUAGUAAGGCUGUGAAGUGUCAGGGGUUAGACUUGGACAGUCUCCUCCCUGAUCAGGAAAUGCUGAUGAAAAUUAUGGUGCAUCCUCUUCAGAUACAGGCAUGCCUGUCUGAGAUUCACAGCAACAUGUGGGUGAGGAAUGGAUUGCAGAUUAAAGGGCAGGCUAUGACAUACGUCCAGUCUCACUUCUGCAACUCUAUGAUUGACCCAGACAUCUUUCUGUUGCAGGUGUGUGCAUCACGGCUAGAUCCAGACUACUUCAUUUCUUCAGUGUUUGAGAGGUUCAAAGUAGUGGACUUGUUGACGAUGGCAUCGCAGCACCAGAAUGCAGUGCUGGACGCAGAGCAGGAAAGACCCAUGUUGGAGGGCGCACUCACGUUCCUCGUCAUAUUGUGUAGCCUCCGUGUUCACCUAGGUAUGACUGAUGAUGAAAUAUUGAGAGCAGAAAUGGUGUCACAGUUAUGUAUGAAUGACCGCACGCACAGCUCUCUUCUUGACCUUAUCCCAGAGAACCCAAACCCAAAGAGUGGGAUAGUGCCUGGCAGUUGUAGCUUUGAGGAGAUGCUGUCUGCUGUGGCUGAUUUUAAAGCCCCAGUGUCUGAGCCUGGUGGUUCCAUGCAGCAGGGCAUGUACACGCCCAAAGCGGAGGUGUGGGAAAAGGAGUUUGACCCAAUCAUGGUGGUCCUGCGCACAGUUUACCGACGAGACGUCCAGUCAGCGAUGGACAGAUACUCAGCAUUUUUAAAGCAGUCUGGUGUUCACACCGGUAACCCCUGGCCUCCGUAUAAGGAGAGGACGCCCCUGCAUCCAUGCUAUAGAGGACUAGUGCGUCUGCUACACUGCAAGACUCUACAUAUCGUCAUCUUUACCCUGCUGUACAAGAUAUGGAUGGACCAUCAGAACAUGUCUGAGCAUGUCCUGUGUAUGGUGCUGUAUCUAGUUGAGCUGGGUUUGGACAACCAUGCACAAGAGGACAAGGGGGACGAAGAGCCAUGUAUUGAGGAGCAUUGCCAUGACAGCUGGUUCCCUGGCACCAGCCUGCUCUCCAAUCUGCACCACGUCAUUAACUUUGUUCGAGUGCGAGUGCCUGAGACUGCUCCGGAGGUGGAGAGAAAAAGGGAACGGGAGAGAGAGAGGGAGAGGCAGAGAGAGCCGCCGCCCAGCACCAGUACUGACACCUCAACCUUUGGACAGAGCUCCAGAAGGCUAUCAGGGAAUUGGAGAGAGAACUUGCGUGAGGCUCAGUUGUUCAGCCUGGUGGCCGAGCGCAGAAGGAAGUUCCAGGAAAUUAUAAACCGCAGCAACCACGAGGCUAGUCAAGCCGUACGGCCAAAGUCUUCUUCGCGCUGGCUUCCCCCAGGCUCUCCUCCUCAGAUGGUCACUGAGAUUCUAGAGAUAAGGGAGAGCAUGCUGUCCCUGCUGGUCAAGCUGCACCAGAAACUGUCCGCCAAGCAGAACUCUCUGACCCCGAACUGGCUGGAGGAGGCCGAGCCUUCACACCUUGCACAUGGAGACGGCAUCACUGCCAUCGAGAGAAUUCUGGCUAAAGCAGCCUCACGUAGCAGACAUAGCAAGAGAUGCCUGCAGGAGAUCUGUGGAAAAGUGUGUCCACCUGUGCCUCCUAAAAAGAACAGUCCAGGAGACAAGAAGAGCAUGGAUAAAGAGGAGAGGCGGCAGAGAGCCAGGGAGAGACAGCAGAAGCUCCUGGCUGAAUUUGCCUCCAGGCAAAAAAGCUUCAUGGAGACAGCCAUGGAUGUUGAAUGUCCUGAAGUAGAAGCUGUGAUGGAUGUGAGCUCAGCCGAGCCUCUUGAUUCUGAGAUCCUCUAUGAGUGUGUAAUAUGUGGCCAGAGUGGCCCCUCUACUGAAGACAGACCUACAGGACUGGUGGUGCUGCUACAGGCAUCCUCAGUGUUGGGGCAUCGUUGCUGCAGCGAGCAGGCAAAGCAGCUUCCUACGAGCGAUGAAGAGCGGAUCUUCCCUGAAGACACGUGCGGCGCGGUUAAUGAUGUGAGACUAGCACUUAUGCAACGGUACUUUAAAGAGAGUUCCUGUUUGCAGUCAGUUUCUAUUGGCUGGGAUGGCGGUGUUUCUGUACAAACCUGUGGUCACACUCUGCAUAUAGACUGCCACAAGUCCUACAUGGAGUCUUUACGGAAUGACCAGGUUUUGCAGGGUUUCUCUGUGGAUAAAGGCGAGUUCACAUGCCCGCUUUGUCGCCAGUUUGCUAACAGCGUCUUGCCCUGCAAGCCAGGGCGGGGUACGGAGGUGGGCACCUGGCACACACCGAGCAACAAGAACUUGGCCACACUAGUGAAAGAGGUGGAGGAGCUGCAGGACCAGUUGACCAUCUUUCCCGUAAGCACCAGUACGGAGUCCAACCUGACUAAAGAGAUGGAGUCUGUAAUUAAAGACAUAAAGAAUGCCACACAGAAGAAGUACAUGGACUAUGGCAAGAAUCCUGGUUCACCUGAUAAUGACUUUCUCUUCAUGUACUCAGUGGCCAGAACAAAUCUGGAGUUGGAGUUGGUUCAUCGUGGUGGGAACCUGUGCAGUGGGGGGGCAAGUGCUGCAGCCAAAAGGUCCUGUCUCAAUCAGUUGUUCCAUGUAUUAGCCAUGCAUAUGCGUCUGUACAGCAUCGAUUCUGCUUAUAAUCCCUGGACUCGACUAACACAGAUCACCCAGCACAGAGAGUUAGAAUAUGAGGAUGAUCAUCCCGAGGUUCCAAUGCUGUUCAGAGAUGUCCCGUCCCUACUCGUUAUCUUUGUGCUCACUAUGCCUCAGCCACUCCGCAAAGAACACUUCACGUCAAUUGUGAAGGUUCUGUACACGCUGCUGUAUACUCAGGCCCUGGCUGCGCUGUCUAUUAAACUCAGCCCAGAGGAAAGACUGGCUUGGAGCAACAGUGGAGCAGCCAAGAAGAACUUGCCAAACUCUGAGAAAUCAUGGGAGGCCCUCCUCAGUCAUGUGAUCAGUGAGCUCACCAAGGCCAAUGGGGUCUAUGAGAAAAACCCUAAUGAGACCAUGUUGAGUUCAAGUGUAUGGUCUCCUCAAUCCAUAGAGUUUGCGUUGCAGCAAUUCUGUUUGCCCUUCAUGCGUCUGUCCUGUCUUCUUCAACAUCACCUCUAUGGGGACAAUCUGCCUGGCUGCCUGGUAGAGGAGGAGUUCACAUUGCUGGCAGGCAGUUUGGGUUUGUUGUCUGCUUCGUUUCAGCCCAGCACCUCCAUGAACAGUGCAGUGUGCCUAGAAUCGAACAUCAACGCCUUUGAGCUCAUCUCUCAGUGGUGCUCUGAGCUCAUCAGCCUGGCAGACACGCCUUCACGGCAGACUAUGUCUCUGGUGGCGCAGAACCCUCACUGGUCCGCUCCCCGUCUGCUGCAGCUGCCCGACAACUACAACACUAUCUUUCAGUACUACCACAGGAAGUCCUGCACUGUGUGUAAUAAGACACCCAAGGACCCAGCUCUGUGCCUCGUGUGUGGUGCGUUUGUCUGUCUCAAGGGCCUCUGCUGCAAACAGCAGGGUGUCUGCGAGUGUGUGCUGCACUCUCAGCACUGUGGUGCCGCAACAGGGAUCUUCCUCCUAAUAAAUGCCUCUGUGAUCAUCAUCAUCCGUGGUCAUCGCUUCUGUCUGUGGGGGUCCGUUUAUCUGGAUGCUCACGGAGAGGAAGACCGAGACCUUCGUCGUGGCAAGCCUCUAUUCCUGUGCGAGGAGCGAUACCGUGUGCUGGAGCAGCAGUGGGUGUCGCACACCUUUGACCACAUUAACAAGCGCUGGGGUCCCCACUAUAACGGACUUUAACACACAAACCCCAAACUGCAGGGAGCCAGAUCACAGUGGGCAUCAGUGCCAGCCUCUCUAUCUUUUUUGAUAUAUGCUAUCAUGUAAUAUAUAUAUAUAUAAAAACAAUGCUGUGAGUGAAUUGCUGCUACAGCCUUGGUUAUGUGAAGUUUAGUGUACAAUCAUGCCUAAUGACUAACAGCGUGUGUGGGUUAUUUUUUUUUUUAUGAUUUUUGGUGGAUUUGAAAAGGGGAAGAGAUUUUAUCUUUGUUUUUGGGACUGUCUCACAGUGAAAGCACAAAUUGACCUAAUCCUGAGUCCAUUUAUCGUGUGCUGUUUGGUCACAAAUUUCAGAAAACCCACAGAAGUUUAGUGCAUUGGAGAGCAAAACACCACAGUGGGCUGUCGUGUCCGAACCAUAUAGAAAAUCCGGACAAGUCCGAAGCCAACUGUAGAAGUAGACUUCCCACGCCAUUAUGGAAAAAUUAGGCAUUUGGUUUCCCUUAACCGCUCACUAAACAGACGUAACAAACUGGCAUCAGACAUCAGUUAUCAACCAUCAUUGUAAUCCCAUUACUAAUGCAACGAAUUAUUCAGUGGCAUCCUCCAUUCUCAGAACUCAGGCCUUUAAUUGUUCAUGUGGAAUAAGUGUUGUUUAAGUGAAGCUGCUUGUUCCACUGAAAUAACCACUGAACGGUAGAACAAGAAUUUCUUACCCAUCAAGGCCUAGUUGCAUCCAUCCUCAGGAAUUUUUUUUUUCUGUAGUUAAAGAACUUUUAAUAUGUAAAUGAAUGUUGCUAUUUGAUGUUGGUAGUUAAUUAUAUUAUUGUAAAAAUGAUUUUAGGCUCUGGCAGAAGGCACUGUGGUGAUGGCAGUCAGCUGGAUUUCAGCAGUUUGCUGUGACCUUGCCAAUCACUUCUUUUCUCAUCAAACUGGUUAAAUCACAGUACUACUGGCUAAAUGAUAGAGCAAACGUUUCCCUAUCAAAUUUGUCCGCAUUUCGUAUACCAAUCUUAUUGGCAGUCAUGCCAUGUUUCACAGAGGCUUUCAAAUUUUCUGUACCCAUCCCAAAAGAUCUAGUUCUUUCAUUGUCUCUUCCCAUGGUAGUUUUCAAACAGUGUUUGGUUCUGUCCAGUGUCCACAGUGCAUUCACAGUUUGUAGUUAAGAUGUGUUUAAAAAAAUGCACUUUGUCCUUAAUGGUCUUUAAUGAGUGUAUUGUAUUAUUAUUUUUCGCAACAUCUGCAAUGAUGUUCUUGUACAAGCAUUUUCAUGUACCAUAGUCCAACAUUUUUCUGCUCUGUUUAGAGCUCAAAACAAAAAAAUAUUUCCGAGGAGCAAGAGCAUUUGUAACAAAAUCAGAUUUUGUAACAGAUUAAAAUAACAUACUUGUGUCAUAUUAAGCACAAAGUAAACAGUUGUGAAUUUAGAUUUGCUUUAAAAAAAAAAAAAAAAGGUUAUUAAUAUUUCUUCAAAAGGUGGCGGUUUCUUUUCCAGUGGCCAAGAUUAAAAUCGGGCCCCACAAAGUCAACAGCAAGGACUUCAAAAUAUAGUUGCAUCUUUUGCAUAGGUAUUCUACUUUUUAUAUUAAUGUCUUGCCCCCUUCAUAUGUUCUUGUGUAAUACAUAUGAGAAAUUAUUUCUUAAUAUUUAUUAUAAGAUGUUUUUGUAUGGAAUUUGUAAAAACUAUUCACCUAUGAGUUUUAGUUUCUUUACAUUGUUUAAAAAUGUUCCAUUGGUAUGUAUUUGUCACUCUUGUGAGCUUUCUCACACAUGCUGACAACAGGCAAAAAUGAGUGAUUUUCACACAUGAUUCAGAUAGCGAUCUGUUCCCGGCUUUGAAACAUGAUUGAGGAUUUCAGUGUGUGUGUUUUUUCCCCCCUUCUACACAAUUUGCAACAUCCCAUUUCUCUGUCCAUUUUAUUAUGAAGGAGCCAACAAUGAACACCAAAAAGCAUGUUUUGGUUUUGUUCUUCAUCACCAUAUUAGGUAUUGAUUCUCAAUGCUGCACUUACACAAUGCUGGAGGGAAAAGCCAGGCACUUUAAUUCUCAGUUCCUGUCCUUCUCUUGUCUUGAAAUCUUGCAUGCUGCUGUUUUUCCUUCUCUUUUUGUUUUUCAGCCCAAAUAUUGUAUAAUUGGACAAAGGAAUUUUUUUUUUUUUUUUUUUUUUUGCAGAGUUCUGGGUAUAUAUUGAAAUGCAAAGCUGCAAUGUUGUUCUGUGUGUGUGGUGUGAGGUGAGUGACUGAGGCAGAAUUACAGUACAUUACUGUAGGUGCUGAUUCCAACUUUCAGAUUGCUAAUCAGAAAGGGUGGCAGACAUUUAAUGCAAAAUGUAACAUAUGUGAAUAAAAUAUAACAAUACUCUGA